AUGUUCGCCAAGUAUCCCAUCAUUCUUCUCGCCUGCGUCGCGAGUGUCCUUGCCGCACCCGCCACUGAGGCUGGUCAGGUUGCCAGCGAUCAGACGCCAGCUGGUGUCGACAACAUUCUCGACCAGCGUAACGAGGUCAGGGGCUGCAGAAACAACGGCGACCAUUGCAAGUUCGACUUCGAAUGUUGCAACCGCCAUUGUGGGUGGACGGCUGGCUUCAAAUGUAAUUAA